AUGUGUGACUUAUUCUUCUAUGAGGCGGAGGGGACCGUGGUCCGACCCCCAUUUUAUGAUCUACCAACCCUCCGUCCAAAGACCCUGAAAGGAAACCAAUGUGCAGUUCAACUGCCUCACAGAGCCUCAUCGGCGACCUUGAAAGGAACACGACUCCUGUUACUCAUGCAAGCCAUAAGAAACACCAGCCCGACUAAACCCGAUGGCGUCUCGUGUGUCUAUGGUCACGCAAGGCGCCCGGUAACUGUUCCUGCAAGCCAUCGAUUCAUGUGUCUAUGUUCACGCAAGCCGCCAGAGCUGAGAGGACUGACUGCUAUCCUCUAA